AAUUUAAGAUUGUUCACUUCCGGUUAUUUUCGGUCAAAAUUGUUUUUGAAAAUCAAGAAUAUGUACAUAUUUUCACACAGGAUUACAAACUGAUUACGACAUAUCAUUGAAAAACUAAACGAUAUAUGGAUCAAAAUGGCGUCUACGAUCGCUGUGGGAUCGAAAAGAACAUUGGAGUCUGUCACCAAAGGCAACAAAAUUCCGUCAAAAAUUAUGAAAAAGCAUCUGGAGGGACGUCUUGUUGAUUAUGAUUCUGACACGUCGGAAAGUAGUCAUGAGAUGAUCACAGUAAGACGACUCCGAGCUUUCAAUGAACCAGAAGGGAGUAAAGCGGAAAAUAUUGUGAGGAGAGUAAGGUCUCCGACUGUUGAGCCAGAGAUUCCAAUAGAAAUACAAUUGAGCGAAAAAUUUGCAGACCUUGAAAAGAUACUUUCUAAUACAUGGUCACUUUUACUAAAAAAUCGUAAUGAAGAAGUAAAGAAAAGAUUAAAUUUAGUUGAUUUGCAGUGGAUUCAAAACAUACUGGAAGAAAAAGAUGAAAAGAAUAUUAAGCAAAGCUUUAAGCGAAAAGGUCAUUUUAUUCUUUGCGAAAUUGUCAAGCAACAAAUUAAAUCAGAAUUAUGCGACUUAAAUGAUAAAGACAAAAUCAAUGAAGCCAUAUCAAAAAUAGAUGAUGCCCUGGUGCACUUGAAAGACAGCGGCAACGAGAAUAAAAACAGCAUGUUGCAUUUAUAUAAGAUUGAUUUACUCAUUAAAAAGGGAUGUUAUCCAGAAGCCUUGAGACUUUUAAAACAACUAUUGAAUCAAAAUCCAACAGAUAUGCUUUUAAGAAAAAAACAAGUGCAAUGUUUAUGCUUAUUCGGUCUUACAAGAGAUGCUAUCGAAAUUUGUCAAAAAUGGCGACAUAUCAAUGUGCCGUACUUCCGGGGACUAGAACUCAGAUUAUGCGAAAGAUACUUUUGGCUUGAAAAAAUGAAAUCUAAGCCGGAUGAAAUGAUACCAGACGAAGUAUGUAUAAAAUGCGUAAAUGCUGAUGACGUUAAAAUUGAUAGUCAAUUCAAUAACGAAGACGAACAAAAGAAAUCAGAAUCUCCCCCUCUUCUACCCGAACAAUUUACUUCUGCUUUACAUACGAUAAUUGAUUAUAGGAAAGUAUAUCACUAUUGUACAAAAAGAUUUAGUUUAUCAAGUUGGUUUGGCGAUUUAAUGAUUAAAUUUAAAGAAAUAAAAAUCAAAGAAAAAUAUGAAAAAAAGUUGAGGAGAAGCAUGGAGAAACAGCUCAGUAUGCAAAAUAAUACAGAGAAUCAUUCUACAACAAAAAGUCCAAAGAAGAAGAAAGAAAAAUUAGCUGAUAUAAUUGAUGCAGAUUGUUUGAGAAGAUCGUCAAGAGGAAAAUUACCUGAAACUCCAAAAAUAGUUGUUCAAGAUACCGUUAAAGAUUUCUCUAGUUAUUUACCACUUGACGCUAGUAUUGAUACCCAAGAGGAGGAAAUUGCUGAUUGGAGAAAGUUUUUGUGGUUUUUUUCAUCAAUCCAUUCAGAGAGUAAUGACACAAGCGAAAGUAUUAUGGCAACGACAGCAAAAGCAAAUGCUAAGAACUUUGGAGAUGAUUGUCGAGAUUUUGUUGAAGAUUUAACACUUCGUUUAAUCGAAAAUCCAGACGAUAUUGUCGAAAUAAACAGUAUUGAAUUACAAGUUUUAAUGCUCAUGUGGAUGUUAAAAUUCCAAGAUCACCUAUGGACGGAAACGGUUAAAGAAGUUUUCGUUAUGGCGGCAAUUCAAAUUAUUAAAUUUAAUGAAAAAGAUUUUCAAACUUUCGAGUUUGAAGAUGAAAAACUCUUACAAAAAUUAGUAAUUCUUACUGGGGAAAUACUAUUUCAUAAUGAAAUUGAAGGAAUUGACUUACCAUCAUUUAUAGAAGAUAUUCUGUUUAAGAGAAAUAUCAACUUUGAAUUUGACGAUGAACCUUUGUGGACUAUUCGAUGGUAUCGAAUUCUAUAUGGAAGUAAAAGAAUUGAAUGGAUUAACUACUACAAUGAACUUUAUAACAAAGUACAAAAUAUUGAAGACUUACUAAAAGAACCAACAUACAUUGUGGCAUCGAAUACAGUUCUCUCUUAUGAUUACGUUAUUCGUCUCCAUUUGGUGAAAAAUAAACAAUCAACUGAUUUAGACACUUUAGUAAAAGAAGAGAAAUAUUCGAGCGUAGUCAAAUAUCUUGCUGAUCAUGUUUAUCGUAAAAGUAUUGAUAUGUUCCGUUGUCUCGAAGAGGACCACGAAGGUUGGAAACAGUUUUCAUUGUUGAUUAAAUCCUUGGAAUUAAUAGGAAAGCACGAGGAACUGUUAAGAAUGUAUCAAAUAUUCCUUCAUUAUUAUCUAAAACAAUUCAUGAACAAUGAAGACAAACAUGCUUAUAACAUAUUGGAAAUUGUACUUGAUAAAUUAAAUUGGGAUAAUCUGGAAUGUUUGGAAGAAAGUAAAAUAGUUACUUUAUCGCAAGAUAUAUCGAAACUAUUAUAUUAUCGAUUAGUUGAAACUGAAAAUUAUUUUUCACUAUACGAUGUAUUCAAAUUAUACGCCGACUUAGCAUUUAGAUUAGACGACAUUUGUGGUUUUGAAAAAGAUCGCACGGAAGAGAGCUAUCGCAAUUGGGCUGCUAUUGUUGAUAGAGUACAUUCGUUAAUGGCAAAACGAAAAGACGAAAUACGUGUCCUUGAAGAAUUGGAAAAUAUUGGUACUAAAAUAUUGCUUAAAUCUCAAGAAAUCGAGUAUCCAGUCUAUGAACAAGUUUUAUAUUGUUUAACUGGAUUAAAGUUCAAAACUGCUGUUAAUACUGAUUUUCAAACUCAUAAAUGCGAAAAAAAAGACGAAAGCAAAACUUAUCAUACUCAAAUUUUUAAAUACUACUUUAUGACUGAAGUUCCAUCAUUUGAUGAUCCUAGAACAGCGUGUAUACCCGACGACAUGAAGGAUUAUCUUUGGAAGAUAAGCCAAAAAAUUCCCAAAGAUGUUAAAAAGUCCAGUCUCUUUAUUGGAUAUAGUAGAUUGAUUGAAUUACUAGAAACAGAUUUAAAAACAUUACUCAAAUACGUUUUGAAACUUCCGCCAAAAUCUAACAAUGAACAGGUUUUCUUUUUGAGAAAAAUGUAUUAUUUUCUUGCUGAUUACGAAUUUAAAAAUCAAUACUUUAGAAAAGCUGAAAAACUUUAUACCAGACACCUUUCUUAUUCGCCGAAGGAUUUUGAUGCCUGGGCAUCUUUGGCACUGUGUAAACAGGCUUUAGUAGAAGAUGAACUAAAAGAUUCUUAUGUUGAAUCUAAACAUUUAGACACAGCCUACCUUUUAACUAAAAUCAAUGCAAUUAUAAAUUCAUUUAUAAUUGCUUGUAAAUUGGAACUAUCUUUUAAAAUUACAAUAGAAUUUGGUUCGUUUGCGUAUAAUGUUAGAGCUUAUAUAUCAAGAAUUUGGAAGAAAAGAGAUUCAUCUGAUGAAAUAAAAGACAUGGAAGAAAGAAUGAUAAAAUAUUCAAAGAAAGCCUUUGAAAAAUUUUGCACUCCUGUAAAAGGUGCUGCUGGGGAGGAAACUGAAGACGAAGAAGAACAAUGGCUUGCUUUUUACAUGUUGGCAAGAGUAAAAGAAAAAGCUCAGGAAGAUAUUCAAGAAGUGUGUAGACUUUAUAGGAAAAGUGCAGAAUAUUUGCAUGGACAAAAACCCAAAUACGUGAAAAGGAUAAAUUACGCAGGAACACCACCAAAAUUAGCUUUAGAAGCUUUGGAAUUAUUUUACAGAAGUCAUACAACAGUUGUUAAAUUUUUAUUAGCAAAUGAUAACAUUGAAACAUGCGUUUUACAAAGUCUAGUAAUUCAUUUAGACAUGAUUUCUAGUACAAGCUUCGUAAGAACUGAAGAGAAAACUCCCAACUUUUUCAUGGAUUUCGACGCUACAAAGGAUGAAAACAAUAAAGUGAAGACAGAUUCAGAACUUCAAACUCAAUCAGAACCUAAAACGGCUUCAAACGAACAAGAUGACUUUAUCAUAACAGAAAAUCAAGAUUCUUCUUCAAGGCAUAAUGAUGAUAAUCCACCAGUUAAUGUCGAGGGAAAUGAAAAACAAAUGGAAAUUGAAGACAAUAAUCCCAUAACGGCAAAUGACGAAUUUUGUAUAAGAACGACUGAAAAGGAAACUAAUGAUAAGGUAGACGAUAAGAAGGAUAUGAUUGAGGAGGAUGAAAAAGUUGGACACCAAACAGAUGAAAGCUCCCGUUCUUCUUCAAAGAGUAUUGAUAAAUCGACAUUAACACAACCAAAAGCCGAAGAUUCCAAGUCUCCAAUGGAAGAAAUUGAUAAAACAGUCGAAGAAAAGCAAUCUUCAAAUUCUACGGACAAUGACAUUGGCCAAAUACGCGCAUCCCCAAUGGAAAUAGAUGAGAAAAGUAAUGAAAAACAAGGGGAAAGUAAUGCAAAAUCUUCAAACUCGACAGAUAAUGAUAUGCCAGCUGCUUCUAGACACUCGCCUAUGCAGUUAGAUGAAAAAAGUAAUGAUAGACAAGAAAAUGUUGAUGUUGGACCAGUCUUAAACUAUAGGGAUCAAGAUAGUGACUCUCGCUCAAAGUGGACUAAUGAACCGCAUGUUGCUAAACAAACAGACGACGAUGCCAAAUCUAUUGAUCUUACAAAGAGUAGUAGUUCGAGUGAGAGUUCAGACGAGAAUUCAGACGAGUCGAGUGAUGAAUCGAAUGAUGAAGGUGUUAAAGAAAAUGAAGAUGAUAUUGAAGAUUCUAACAGAGAAUCUAAUAGUGAAUCAUCCUCUAGUUCUACUUCAAGUUCAAAUUCGAACUCCAGCUCCAAUUCAAACUCAAGUUCUUCGAGCAGCUCAACUACUAGUUCUUCGUCCAAUUCCAGUUCAGAAUCUAAAAAUAAUACAAAAACUACAAUGAAUAUUUCAAAUUCGGCAGAUCCAACAUCUUCAACAAAAAUUCAUCAGCUUGACGGAAAUGGGGAUGAGGAACCGACUCAUCCUGGUUUACCUAAACCCAAAUUUGAUAUUACUAAUCGCCCACAGCAGGAAACUAGCGCUCAGGCAAAAGAACCUAGAAGAAUAGUUUUGUCACAAUCACCAUCUGUUGUCUAUCCGUUUCUAUCAACACUUGCGACUACUAACAAGGAUGAAGCAAGUAAAAAGUCGGAACAAAUAAGUGCUGCUUUCAGAGAGUGGCCAAAGGAUUCGACUGAUGAAAUAAAAUCGGUAUCAACCCCUUCAAAUUUACCAUUGAUGUCUACGCCUCAAUCAGGAAUAAGCGUCUUCAAAUCAACCACCGAAUCUCCCUCUGCGUCAGACAUAAAUUCCUCUUUUCAGAGUGGCGCUUCCGAAACAGUUAAACGGAGCAGAGCUAGAUCAAAUACUGCCAAUCAAUCUUACAGAGGACGAACUUUAAGUGAUGUAGAUAGCUCGAAAAAAGUUAGAAAAAGGAAAGCACCUGUAAAUACAAAGCAAAAAAUCAGCACAAGACUUCUCAGAAAUCCAGCUUUUCUAGUUGCUCAAGCUAAUGUACAUACAGUUGACACGUUGAAAGUAACUUUAAUGAAAAGAUGCAUAGCUGGUUUACACUUAUGCGCUGAGCGAUAUCCUCAGCAUUAUAAAUCUCUCUUCCGUCUAGCGUAUAUCUACCACCACUACGAACCUCUACAGAACAACGAAAAAAGUAGAGAAAUACUCUUAGGUCAUAAUCAGUGGAGUAGCAUGAGUCAUAUGCCCAGUCCAGGAUUAUUUUCCGAGAGAAAAUCAAAUAAUCUUUUUGCGGGUUUUUGGAGAAGUCCCUCAGCUGAAGUAGACAGAUUAGGAUCGUUCUGCACAUAUAUAGAGAAGAUUAUAUAUCUUCUCAUUGCGGUUCUUAAACAACUAAAUGAUUGCUACAUGCUUUAUUAUUUUCAAAAAGCAUUACAACGAGUACCUGAUCAAGAAAAAAAAUAUAUAUCUAAUACCGUCCGAACUGAAUUAGCUCAAGAGACAAGUAAAAUAUAUUUUCAAACUUUGGAGACAGUAAAACGAGACUAUGAGCUUUUUGAUAAGAAAAAGAAAAUUAUAAUGACAGUUGACCUAUAUAGAAUUCAAAGAGAAUCCCUAGCUCGAAGAAACAAUGCCUCUGAUUCGGCAAAAACUGUAUUACUACAACUAUCAUCUCCCGAUCCAAAUUUUGCAACUGCAACGGAAUUUGCCUCAAAUUGGUUGUCUAAACAUCAAGAAAAUACCUCAAAACCAUCAUAUCAGUUAGAAUUGAAAGCUGAACCAACAGUAUCCAUCGAACUUCCUAAUUAA